ACCAUUGUUUUAUAUAUUCCGCCCUUAAAGAAGAAGAAGAACGCAUCCGGAAGUUUACAUCCUUGGUUUUUAACCUUGCGUGUUCUUACUCAGUCAAACAACUGUCGAUAAAGACUUUUAGCCACAACGUUUGAAGAUCCACCUACCUACUAGCCUACCAUGGCUGAACCCAAGUCUAUGGAGUCCCCAGGUUCUGGCUGUGGUGUUCCACCACAGAGAAGCUCACAGUGGUGUCCAGAGAUGGUGUCAGUGAAGCUGGAGGACUGCAGUCAACCACUGGAAGUCAAUGUGAUUGUGAUAGGGGAAGAGAGAGCAGUCAAAGAGGAGGAGAUGGAUGUUAAAGAGGACCAUAAGGAGAUAGAGAUUAAACAGGAGGUGGAGGAGAAGAGAGCGGUCAAAGAGGAUGAGAUGGAUGCUAAAGAGGACCAUAAGGAGAUAGAGAUUAAACAGGAGGUGGAGGAGAAGAGAGCGGUCAAAGAGGAAGAGAUGGAGAUUGAAAAGGAAAACAAGGAUACAGAAGUCAAAGAAGAGCUGGAGGAGAAUGCAGUCAUCAAGGAGAUGGAGGAGAGAGGUGUGAAAGAGGAUGAGGAGACAGAAGUCAAAAAGGAGACAGGACUAGAAGAAGAGGAGGAGAGAGAAGUCAAAGAAGAAGAGGAGAACAGGGACGUGUCUGAUCCAGACCUAGUGGAAGAGGAGGCAGCAUUAGAUAGUAUCACUGACCCAGGAGAGAUCUCCAACCCAGGUUCAGACAGUGAGCCCAGUUCCACAGCAUCAGGAAAGCAUCAACAACACGAACAGAGGAACUCAAGACAGAAACAUCACCACUGCAUGGACUGCUUCACUAGUUUCUAUGAUCCAGAGGAGUUGAGAAGGCACACUUGUAGGCCCCAACCCUGCUCAGAUUGCAGAGGCAGUUCCGUGUGUCCAACUCACCUCAUACCACGCAAAAAGACUAUCAAAAGAAAGAAGACUUACCCCUGUGGUCAAUGUGGGAAGAGUUUUCAGGCACCAAGCAAACUAAAGAAACACCAGAUAACUCACACAGGAGAGAAGCCUUUCCACUGCUCUGUAUGUGGGAAGAGUUUUCCUCUUUCACAGACCUUAAAUAGACACCAGCUGAUCCACACAGGAGAGAAGCCUAUCCACUGCUCCCAAUGUGGGAAGGGCUUUAAGCGACCUGAUUCCCUGAAAAAUCAUCUUAGAAUACACACGGGAGAAAAGCCUUUCCACUGCUCUCACUGUGGGAAAAGUUUCAGUCAUUCAAACUACUUAAAGACACACCAGCGAACUCACACAGGAGAGAAGCCUUACCACUGCUCCCAGUGUGGGAAGCGUUUCAAUCAGUCUUCAGAUCUAAAGAUACACCAGCGAACUCACACAGGAGAGAAGCCUCACAAAUGUUUUCAGUGUGGAAAGAGUUUUAGUCAUUCAAGCUACUUAAAGACACACCAGCGAACUCACACAGGAGAGAAGCCUUACCACUGCCUUCAGUGUGGGAAGAGUUUCAAUCAGUCUUCAGAUCUAAAGACACACCAGCGAACUCACACAGGAGAGAAGCCUUAUCACUGCUCCCAGUGUGAAAAGAGUUUCAGUCAGUUUUCAAGUCUGAAGACACACCAGCUAACUCACACAGAAAAUAGGUCACACCACUGCUCCCAUUGUGGAAAGGUUUUCAGUCUGUUGCACCACCUAAAUAGACACCAGCAAACUCACAAAGGAGAAAAGACUCACCAAUGCUCUCAAUGUAGGGAAACGUUUCAGUCAGUCAUCAAAUCUGAAGACACACCAGUUAAAGUAUCACAGCCCUGACACCGCACAGAGUUCUCUUGCUUUAGAAGAAAGUCAACACUUAAAAGUGUAUAUAUUUGCCUGGAUUUUCAGCCUAUUCGGGUGGGAUAGAGUAUUUGCCCCGGAGCAUGACAUCACAAUCUGAUCUGACCAAUCAUCUUUUAUUUGCAUAUGUAUCCUCAUAUAUUGAAGAGGUUUGUGGGGUAGGCUCUAGUGCAGGGUUCCCCAACUGGCUGCCCACGGGUGGUUUUGAUUGGACCCCCAAGUUUUCUGGUCAAAAAAAUAUAAUAAUGUAUCAUUUUUUAUUGUAGGAGAUUAGACUUUAAAACACCAGCCAAUCAGCUCCAAGUGAUUUGAAUUUUGAAAAUCUGUUCCCACGCUUAAGAUACAUUUGUAUAUGAUCACAUAUAUAUGUGUAAGCAAGGUUUGAAAUUAGGUUUUAAUAAAAUGUUAUCGGUUUGGGCUUCCUGUAUUCAAUUUGUUCUGGCCCCAUGACCAUCCUCGGAGAAAAAAAUAUCUGAAUCUUGAUGAUGAUCCAUCCCUGUUCUAGAGUCUAUAGGCGAUCCUAUCCACCAAUCAGGGCUGUGUAUGUAAAUAUAUUUCCAUUUGUGUCAACACGCCCCCACAAUCAGACUGAGCAUUCCAACAGCUAAAGGAGGCUCAGAGAAAUAAAUGAUAAACAA